ACGAUAGCAUGUUCGUUUCUAGGAGCAUGUUUUGGAUAUAUAUGAUUCUUGUUUCAUGGAAAAUAGCCGAAUCAGUUAGUUUGAAUAGCCACCACCGCACUCCAAGACAAAUAGGUCCAUGGGAUCCAGGUUUUGGAUUUCCACCACCGCCACCGGGUCCAGGCUUCGGAGAUCCAUCCAUGUUCGGAGACGUUUUUAAUCCUGAUUUUAACGUUGGUCCAUUUUCAAAUAAUCCACGUCCUGGUAAUAAUUUCGGACCACCACGGUCUAGUCCUAGUAUUCGACAACCAUCAAAUGGACGUAACAAUUUAAACUUUCAAGGCUCUAACAAUGAUUUUGGUCGGCCAUUGAGUGGUCAAAACAAUAAUCGACGCCCAUUUGAUGGAUCUGGUAACGACAACAGUGGUAGGCGACCUUUUACAAAUCCAAAUAGAAGACCACAACCAUCUGAUGGAUCUGGUAACAUUGGUAGGCAGCCAUUUAACAAUCCAAAUAGGAGACCACAGUCAUUUGAUGGAUCAGGUAAUGGUGGUCGAAGGCCAUUUACUAACUCAAAUAAUAGAAGACCACAGUCAUUUGAUGGAUCAGGUAAUGGUGGUCGAAGGCCAUUUACUAACUCAAAUAAUAGAAGACCACAGACAUUUGAUGGAUCAGGCACCGGCGGAUUUAACGGAAACAUGAAUUUCCCUACGGAUACUACUACUACAGAAAAUCCUUUGUCGACGUUACCCGUUCCUGGUGCUGCUACCAGACCGAGUCCUUGUGAACAAGCUUGCCAAGCUACAGGGGAGUUCGACCCGGUUUGUGGAAACAAUCGUGUCACUUAUUCCAAUUUGGGGAGGUUCAAUUGUGCUGUAGAUUGCCUACAAGGUAUGCUACAAAUGGCUCAUCGUGGAAUGUGUCGCACGUAGUAUUAACUAUUAUAAAGUUUCAAAUGUGAGGCAGUAUAAUUAUUAAAUAUUUUAAAUGAAA